AGAGUUUUUAGUAAAUAUCCACAUUCAUUAGCGGAUGAGUCAAGUUUCUGUUAUUUUUAAAACCAAGCAGCAACAUGUUGCUAACUACUUUACCAGUAAUUUCUGUUAUAAUUGCGUUCGCUGCGGGAGCCGAUUAUAAAUUCCCUAAUAAUUUCAAAUUUGGUGUAGCCACAGCUUCUUAUCAAAUUGAAGGUGGAUGGAAAGACGGAGGUAAAGGGGAAAGUAUUUGGGAUUAUCAAACGCACACGUUCCCGAACAGAAUUUUAGAUGGAAGCAACGGAGACAUAGCAUGCGAUUCUUACAACAAGAUUGAUGAGGAUAUUAGGAAUUUGAAAGCUCUGAAAGUCGACUUCUAUAGGUUUUCUAUAUCCUGGCCUAGGCUUUUACCUAGUGGCUUCGCCAAUGAAAUCAGCGAAGAUGGUGUACGAUAUUACAACGAACUCAUUGAUAAGCUGAUCGCUAACGGUAUUGAGCCCAUGGUUACUCUUUACCAUUGGGAUGUGCCUCAGAGUAUUGAAAAUCUUGGUGGAUGGACGAAUCGGGCUAUUGUUGAUUAUUUCGGCGAUUACGCUAGGAUCUGUUUCAAGCUUUUUGGUGAUCGUGUGAAGACGUGGAUCACGAUCAACGAACCAUACUCGAUCUGCGAAUAUGGCUACGGAAACGUCAUCACGGCACCAUAUUACAAUUCCACUGGUAUAGGAAGUUACGCCUGCGGCCACCAUGUAAUCCUGUCGCACGCCAAAGCUUAUAACAUCUAUGCAUUCGAAUUCAGGUUUAAGCAAAGGGGACGCGUUGGCAUCACCGUUGAAUCGUCUUGGUGGGAACCUGAUUCAAAUUCUAAAGAAGAUAGAACAGCUGCAGAAAACAUGAUGCAGAUGUAUUUCGGUUGGUUUUUGCAUCCAAUCAUCAAAGGAGAUUAUCCUCCGGUGAUGAGGCUACGCGUCGACAAGAAAAGCAGGGAGCAACACUUCCCUCGCAGCCGUCUUCCACGAUUCACCAUUAAAGAAAUUAUAGAAAUCAAAGGAACCAUCGACUUCUUAGGGUUGAAUCAUUAUACCACUUUCAUGGCAAAGAGUGGAACAGAUGGACCCGUUCCUUCCAACAUCAACGAUGUAGGAGCAAUCCUUUAUCAGAAACCCGAAUGGAAGCAAUCGGCUCGCGAAGUCUUUAGACUUGUACCAUGGGGUCUUCGAAAAUUAUUGGUUUGGGUGAAGAAGGAGUACAGGAACAUCGAAGUAUUAAUCACUGAAAACGGAUAUGCCGGAAAGGAAGAUGAAACUACUAACGAUAUUGAACGCAUCGAAUAUUACAACUUGUACUUGACUGAAGUUUUGAAAGCCAUCCACGAAGACAAGUGCAAAAUUACUGGGUAUACGGCUUGGAGUUUCAUGGAUAAUUACGAAUGGACCGAUGGUUAUACCAUGCGUUUUGGGAUGUAUUAUGUAGACUUCAAGGAUCCGAACAGGACGAGAACUCCGAAGAAGUCUGCCUUCGUUUACCAAAACAUCGUAGUAACUAAGAAAAUCGAUACAUCUUUAGAUCUUCAUGAAUUCUUACAUUAAUGUUUAAUACAAUUUUCAAUGUAUUUCCUCCUUUAAAUUGUGGUUUUACCAAGAUUCAAUUAUUUAGUGUAUUUAAAUAAAUGA